UCGGGUUCGUCGGGGGGUUGAGGUGAGGUGACGCUCUCCUCGAGAGGCAAAACCCUAAUCGCGAUGGCUCUCCGUCUCAAGCCGAAGCCCAAAACGCUAGUCCCACUUCGCUCCCUCCGUCCCUUUUCUUCCUCCUCCUCCCCCCCGCCGCCGUCCGAUUCCGAUGCGGAGAAUGAGACCCCCAAUUCGGCGGCCGUGCCCGCGUCGCGCCCUUCCUACUCCUCCUACUUCAGCGAGAUCAAGGAGCGGCUCAAGGCCCCUCCCGCUCCUCCCCGCCGGAUCCCGGCUGACCCCCCUCCGCCGCCGCCCCUCUCCUCUCCUAACUCCGGCCCCGCUACCUCCCUCGAGGAUAUCCGGAAGCACUUGGCCGGGUUCCGCCUUCGAGCUGGCGGAGCCGCCCCUCCUGCGUCCGGCGACCGCCCCGCGUCCUCGCCCCCCAUAUCCUUUCAGGAGCUCUUCAAGCACAAUGUACUUGGCAAGGCCGGUGGUGGCGUAGAGGCUGCUGAGAAGGGCGAGAAGGGCGAGAAACUAUCUUUUGACUCCAUCCGCGAGAGCCUCCGCCAGUUCAGGUCCUCGUCGAGGGAGCAUAUGGGAUUACGCGGGAGGGACGGACCCUCGCGGAGCUCUUUCAGCCUCGAAACCUUCCAGGACAGCUUCCGGAGUCGAAUGGGAGGGACAGAGAAAGGUCCGUCCAUCCUCGGAGGGGAGAACUUGCCCGAUUCUAUAUUCGGGAAGGAGAUGAGGGAGAAGGAGGCUGGCGAGUGGGAGCAGAAAAAGGUUCUGAAGACGGAGUUCGUGAAGAUGUAUAGCUACAACGAGUUAGGCGAGAAGCUCCGCAAGCUGAGGCCAGAGGACGCUUCCAAGGCCAACAAGGACUGGUUCACACUGACGGAGUUGAACGAGAGGCUUGCAAAGCUAAGAGAAAUGGAGGAGAAGGAGACGGAGUCAAGGAUGGGCGGGGUCUCGUUCAGGGAUCUCCGAGAAAGCCUGGUGAGGCUCAAGGAAGCAGAUGCCAAUAAGAAAGCCAACGUUCAGAGGUUGUCGAUUAUUGCAAACCUUACUGGGCAAGCCACACCAACAUUCAUGCUAAAACCCCCACAGGAACAUUUGUUGGAGAGGUAUUUUCAUCCAGAUCACAUGUCAUCGGCAGAGAAGAUGAAGCUGGAGCUCAAGCGGGUUCGAGAUGAAUUUAAAAUGUCUGAAUCAGAUUGUGGCUCUGCGCCUGUUCAAGUGGCACAACUUACCACCAAGAUUAAGCACCUCAACACAGUCUUACCUAAGAAGGACAAGCACUCCAGAAAGGGACUACAGCAGAUGAUCCAGAGAAGAAAGAAACUUCUCAAGUAUCUCAGGAGGACAGACUGGGAUUCUUAUUGCCUUGUGCUGUCAAAGCUUGGCCUCAGGGACGUCCCCCCUAACAGUAAAGCCAAGUAUAAGAACUAGACCUUUCAAGUUCCAAAUGGAGAACCCUACAUUCUAGUACUAGUCCUUUCCUGCUCGUUGGAAUGGAUGAGAUAUUUAUUCAUUUGGAAGGCAGCAGGAUGGUAAUUCUAAACUGCUCCGUGGCAUGACAUGCAUCCGGAUAUUUGGAGGAACGAUCAAAGUCAUUGUUUUUCUAAGUUUUUGUUGUUUUGUUCAGAACAGCACAUUGAAAUUUGCUUUUGUAAUAAUGAUGAGAUAACGAAUAUUUUACUCAUAGUGGAUCAUAAAUUUUGCUUUUAACUAAGCAGAAGUGUAGCUGGGGAAUCAAAUUAGAACUGGUUUGCUUUCGAGGUAUUCA